AUGGCCCGCGCCGCCCUGCGUGCCUCCGCCAGAAACACAUUCGCUACGUCUUCCCGGCAAGCCUUCCGACAGCAGGGCCGACGAUUUUACUCGUCAGAACCCCCCAAGACUUCCAGCUCGUCGACUCUGAUCUACCUGACCGGUGCCGCCGUCGCAGGUGCUGCCGGUUACUACUUUUACACCUCGAACAACUCGGGCAGCGUCAAGGUGUUCUCCCCCACCAAGGACGACUACCAGAAGGUGUACAACGAGAUCGCCAACCGUCUUGAGGAGAACGAGGAGUACGACGACGGCAGCUAUGGCCCCGUUCUCGUUCGUCUUGCGUGGCACGCUAGCGGUACCUACGACAAGGAGACCGGUACCGGUGGCAGUAACGGUGCUACCAUGAGAUUCUCGCCCGAGGGUGACCACGGUGCGAACGCCGGUCUAAAGCAUGCUCGGGACUUCCUCGAGCCCGUAAAAGCCAAAUUCCCCUGGAUCAGCUACUCUGAUCUCUGGAUCAUUGGCGGUAUUGCCGCCAUUCAGGAGAUGCAGGGCCCCACUGUCCCGUUCCGACCUGGCCGUCAGGACGGAGAUGCUGCGGCUUGCACGCCCGACGGACGUCUUCCCGACGGCGCCAAGGGAACCCCUCAUCUCCGUGACAUCUUCUACCGCAUGGGUUUCAACGACCAAGAAAUCGUUGCCCUCGCUGGUGCUCACGCCCUUGGCCGCUGCCACACCGACCGAAGCGGAUACGACGGGCCGUGGACCUUCUCCCCUACCGUCCUAACCAACGACUACUUCCGCCUCCUUAUCGAGGAGAAGUGGCAGCUGCGCAAGUGGGACGGCCCCAAGCAAUACGAGGACGUCAAGACCAAGUCGCUCAUGAUGCUACCGGCUGACUACGCCCUCAUCCAAGACAAGGCAACGAAGCCUUGGGUAGAGAAGUACGCCAAGGAUAACGAUCUCUUCUUCAAGGACUUCUCUGCCGCCGUCACCAAGCUGUUUGAGCUCGGUGUGCCUUUCAAGCAGGAUACCGAGAAGAUUAUCUUCAAGCCUGUUAAUGCCUAA